AUGGUCACGGACGUUGUCAGGAAGGAGGAGAAGGAGGACGAGUACAUCAUCAAGCCUCAGGCUUCUGCGCCAGCUGUGGACACCAGCUCGUGGCCUCUUCUCCUCAAGAACUAUGACAAGCUUCUCGUGAGGACUGGUCACUUUACUCCCAUCGCCAAUGGAUGCUCUCCCCUCAAGCGCGACAUCAAGUCGUACAUCAGCUCUGGUGUCAUCAACCUCGACAAGCCUUCGAACCCGUCGAGUCACGAGGUUGUGGCCUGGGUCAAGCGCAUUCUCCGUGUCGAAAAGACUGGUCACAGUGGAACUCUCGACCCCAAGGUCACAGGCUGCCUGAUUGUCUGCAUCGACCGCGCCACUCGUCUGGUCAAGUCUCAGCAAGGUGCCGGGAAGGAGUACAUGGCCGUGAUCCGCCUCCACGACAAGGUGCCGGGCGGCCAGGCGCAGUUCGCCAAGGCCCUGGAGAUGCUCACGGGAGCCCUGUUCCAGCGCCCGCCGCUGAUCUCGGCCGUCAAGCGCCAGCUGCGUAUCCGUACCAUCUACGAGACCAAGCUGGUCGAGUUCGACAACGACCGCCACCUCGGCGUCUUCUGGGUAAGCUGCGAGGCUGGAACCUACAUCCGUACCCUGUGCGUGCACCUCGGCCUCCUUCUCGGCGUGGGAGCCCACAUGCAGGAGCUCCGCCGCGUCCGCUCCGGCGCCAUGGACGAGACCAAGCAGCUCGUCACCCUGCACGACGUCCUUGACGCCCAGUGGACCAUGGACAACACCCGCGAUGAGACCUACCUCCGCAAGGUCAUCUCUCCCCUCGAGACCCUCCUCACCUCGUACAAGCGUCUGGUUGUCAAGGACAGCGCCGUCAACGCCGUCUGCUACGGUGCCAAGCUGAUGCUUCCCGGUCUCCUCCGUUACGAGGCCGAGAUCGAGCACCACGAGGAGGUCGUGCUCAUGACCACAAAGGGUGAGGCCAUCGCCCUGGGCAUCGCCCAGAUGUCCACGGUCGAGAUGUCGACCUGCGACCACGGCGUCGUCGCCAAGGUCAAGCGCUGCAUCAUGGAGCGCGACCUGUACCCCCGCCGCUGGGGUCUCGGACCCGUCGCCGCCGAGAAGAAGAAGCUCAAGGCCGACGGCAAGCUCGACAAGUUUGGCCGCCCCAAUGAGGCCACCCCCGCCAAGUGGUCCUCCGGAUACACCGACUACGGUGCUCCCGCCCCCGCCACCGACGCAACGUCCGUUGCUGCUGCCGCCGCCGCCGCUACAUCCGGGGCCAAGCCCGCCACCGAGGACACCACCAUGGACGAGGCUGACAAGCCCGCCCCCGCUGCCGCUGAUGAGGGCGACAAGAAGAGGAAGAAGCACGACGGUGAGACUGCCGAGGAGAAGGCCGAGCGCAAACGCCGCAAGGCCGAGAAGAAGGCCAAGAAGGCUGCCAAGAAGGCUGGAAAGGACAGCGACAGCGACAGCGACUAA